CCGUGGUCCAGCCCAUCCAGCAUCAGGACACGAACUCAGGACAAGGAUUCAUCUUCUUUGUAAAACGCGCUCGAACAACAACACUUCGCGAAUUAUUCGCGCGGUCAAUUUUUCCUUUUCAAAUGUUGUUGCUGUUUCAUUAUUAUUUAUUUAUUUAAUUAAUUAAUUUAUUAUUUUUAAAAAUUGUGCAAAUUUGCCCACGGUGGGCAAAUCAACGAUGAGGAUUUUCCUCGUGUUAUUGGCAUUUGCCACCCUUGCAACUGCCAUCGGACGAAGAAGGGUUGUUGUCAAUCGCGGUAGACAACUCGCUUUGCCCACGGCUUUGCCCGAACAACCCGAAGAUUUGGAUAAAUUGUGGGAUAACGUUGAUAUACAGAAAAUAAAUCCAAGAAAAAAUUCAUGGCAAGGUUCAACGAACGAAGUUGAAAAUUCAUCGACUGAAGAACCUGAGGUUCAAGCGAGACAGGGUUAUCCAGGAUUACCGGGAUCACCAGGCGGUGGUUGGCCUGGUGUACCAGGACAUCCAGGUUCCGGAGGUCCUGACUCGCCAAAUCCCCCGAGGCCAGGGUGGCCAAGUGGUCCUGGAUCACCAGGAAGUCCCGGUUCACCUGGAACACCUGGUUCGCCAGGUCAACCAGGAACACCAGGUUCACCAGGAUCGCCGGGAGCACCCAGUCAACCUGGUACUCCAGGUCAACCUGGAACGCCAGGAUCACCAAGUCAGCCUGGAACACCAGGAACACCUGGACCUCCGGGAAAACCUAUAAAACCUACUCCGGGACCAUCACAUCCGAUAAAACCGGGACAUCCACAUUGGCCGGGGCAUAAUCCGAAUCAUCCACAUUUGCCGGGACAUAAUCCCAAUCAUCCACAUUUGCCGGGACAUAAUCCGAAUCAUCCACAUUUGCCAGGACAUAAUCCGAAUCAUCCACAUCCGAUACCUCCUCCGCAUUUACCGGGACAUCCUCAUUUACCUGGUCAUCCACAUUUACCCGGACAUCCUCAUUUACCGGGACACCCACAUUUGCCAGGACAUCCACAUCAUCCUGGUCAUCCACAUCAUCCUGGCUGGCCGUCGGGACCAGGCGCUCCUGGAACGCCAGGACAACCGGGAUCACCAGGAACGCCUGGUGGAAGUUGGCCCGGCACUCCAGGACAACCAGGGUCCCCUGGUUCACCAGGUUCGCCAGGAUCGCCAGGUGGUAGUUGGCCCGGAACUCCAGGAUCGCCAGGAACACCAGGAACGCCCGGUGGAAGUUGGCCCGGAACUCCAGGACAACCAGGGUCCCCAGGUUCGCCAGGAACGCCAGGAUCUCCAGGUGGUAGUUGGCCCGGAACUCCAGGAUCGCCAGGAACACCAGGAACGCCCGGUGGAAGUUGGCCGGGAACGCCAGGACAACCAGGAACUCCAGGAUCACCAGGUUCGCCAGGAUCGCCAGGUGGCAGUUGGCCCGGCACUCCAGGUAGCCCAGGAACUCCAGGAACACCAGGAGGAAGUUGGCCCGGAACGCCAGGUUCUCCAGGAACACCAGGAUCCCCAGCAACGCCUGGAACUCCAGGCGGUAGUUGGCCUGGAACUCCAGGUUCGCCAGGAACACCGGGAUCGCCAGGUGGAAGUUGGCCCGGCACACCAGGACAACCAGGAUCCCCUGGUUCACCAGGAACGCCAGGAUCUCCCGGCGGAAGUUGGCCUGGAUCCCCAGGUUCGCCGGGAACACCAGGAACCCCCGGUGGUAGCUGGCCCGGAACACCAGGACAACCAGGGUCCCCUGGUUCACCAGGAACACCAGGAUCUCCCGGCGGUAGUUGGCCAGGCAGUCCAGGUAGUCCUGGAACUCCAGGAACACCAGGCGGAAGUUGGCCAGGAACGCCAGGUUCACCAGGAUCCCCAGGCUCGCCCGGAUCACCCGGAACUCCAGGCGGAAGUUGGCCGGGUAGCCCAGGUUCACCAGGAACUCCAGGCACACCAGGCGGAACUUGGCCCGGAUCUCCAGGUUCUCCAGGAACACCAGGCUCACCCGGAUCACCCGGAACUCCAGGCGGAAGUUGGCCGGGUAGCCCAGGCUCACCAGGAACUCCAGGAACCCCAGGUGGUACAUGGCCUGGUAGCCCAGGUUCUCCAGGAUCCCCAGGCUCACCAGGAACUCCAGGAACCCCCGGCGGAACUUGGCCAGGUAGCCCAGGCUCACCCGGAACUCCAGGAACCCCAGGUGGUACAUGGCCCGGCUCACCAGGUUCUCCAGGGUCCCCAGGUUCGCCAGGAACGCCAGGAACACCCGGCGGAACUUGGCCAGGCUCCCCAGGCUCACCCGGAACUCCAGGAACCCCGGGUGGCACAUGGCCCGGCUCACCCGGUUCUCCAGGAUCUCCAGGCUCACCAGGAACUCCAGGAACCCCCGGCGGAACUUGGCCAGGUAGCCCAGGUUCACCAGGAACCCCAGGAACUCCCGGUGGAACUUGGCCCGGCUCCCCAGGCUCACCAGGAACACCACCAAAACCCCCAACUCGUCCUAGUCAAUGCCCCAAACCACGAGGUCAAUUCCCAAGUCCAAAAAGUUGUGCAAAUUAUUAUAAUUGUUGGGACGAUACAGUUAUCGAGGAGAAAUGUCCCAAUGGAUUAUUAUUCAAUGAAAUGAGGAGCUACUGCGACUUCGCCGAGAACGUCAAGUGCGGCAAUAGACCCGGACCCACAUCAAAACCUCCAUUACCCUCGGGAACGAAACGCUGUCCAGAAAUGAAUGGGCGUUACAGGAGCUCGACCAACUGUUCAGAAUUCUACGUUUGCCUCGAUGGAAGUCCGAUUAAGUUUAACUGUCCAUCCGAACUGGUCUACAAUGACGAAUUAAUGGUUUGUGACUAUCCCUACAAAGUCGAUUGCAAGGGAGCAGCCACCCCCAGACCACCACCGCCACCGACUCCGGAAACUACGCCACCAACAUUACCACCAGUUGGUCCUCCAAGGCCACCUGUAAAUCCGUGGGAGCCGCCAACUGGUCCCAACCUCCCCCCCUAUCAACCACCACCCCAAGGAACCAGGAUAGAACCUGAUUCUUGGCAUCAACGACCAGCUUCUGCACAAAUAGAACUCGACAACGAAAGUCUGGAUCAGACAAGUCCGGACAGCGCCGACAUAGAAGCCCUAACGAUAUCGAAUCCAUGGGAACAAGUUCUAAAUUCUAUUCCAUUAGAGUUUACAAAAGUUCCUUGCCAAUCUGGUCUUAUCCAUAGGUUAAAUGACUCUUGUACGAGUGUAAUCGUUUGUAGAAAUGAAAGACCAGAACUUGUUCAAUGCGGUAUAGGAGAAACCUAUGAUAGGCCUUCUGAUUCCUGUAAACCCUUCACUAUUGCUAAAUGCUAAUCGAGGGGAUCUUAGAUAAUAUGACGUGUAUUACGAGCUUAAAUAAAAUAAAUUUUUAUACUUAAGAA